AUAAUCUCGAGCUGUCGGUCUCCGCUCUCCUCCGCCUCAGAGCGCCGUUCUGCUGACUCAGUGCCUUACGGAACAGUCCCGUCUCUCCACACCGUCCGGAACUACAGCUCCUUACAGCUAACAGCAACGACAACCGCAGUCAUGGCCAAAACCGCAGUCGCUUACAAAGAGAAGAUGAAGGAGUUGUCCCUCGUCUCUUUCAUUUGCUCCUGCUUGUAUCCAGAAGCCCGGAACAAGAUGAUGGGCGAGUUUGAAGACAUGAAGGUCAAGCCCAUUAACAAGAGAGCCUCUGGGCAAGCCUUCGAAGUGAUCCUGAAACCACCAUCCCCUACAUCUGAUGGGGGCUACAGCAUCACCUCUCCCCCCAAGAAGAGGGACGUUUCUCUGGAAGACAUUCAGAAGAAGCUGGAGGCAGCUGAGGACCGAAGGAAAUCUCAGGAGGCUCAGGUGCUAAAGGCUCUGGCUGAUAAGCGUGAGCACGAGCGCGAUGUGCUGCUCAAGGCCAUGGAGGAAAACAGCAACUUCAGCAAGAUGGCAGAGGAGAAACUCGUCAUGAAGAUGGAGCACAUCAGCAAGAACCGCGAGGCUCUGCUCACAGCUAUGCUGGAGCGCCUACAGGAGAAGGAGAGACAUGCCCAGGUGGUACGCAGGAACAAGGAACUGCGGGAUGAGCUGAGCGGAGAUGAAGAUCUCCAGUUCUAAUCGCCCUCCAUCACCCGCCUGACCAAGUCAGAGACCCUCUCUCCCUAUUACCCUGUCCCAUGUAGAGAAAGAGUCUCAUACAUACACGCACGCACACACACACAGCCCCCUCCCCAAACCCCUGCUCCUGACUUCCUAACCUGAGGUAGAAGGACAAACCCCAGUCUGCACCAACAGCACAUUCCUAUCCCAUCUUCCCCUCGCAAAAAAAGUAAAAAAAUGAAACCCAGAAGCAACACGCAUCCUACUGCUCCCUAAACAAGAAUGUUUUUGCUUGAUUCAAAAUGAAACAAUUCAAAGUGGGUAUUGAGUUUUCUUCUCUCUCUCUUUUUUUUUGUAAAUACUUCCUUUUCUGUUUUAUAUUUAUGAGGCGAAAAAAGUAUUGCAUUGUGCCAUUUUAUAGUUUUCUCUCUAUAUAUCAAUGGAUGUAUUAAUUUCUUCUAUCUGUGUCUCUCCAAUCUGCUGCAGUUUCUCUUGUAACAGGCUUUGGUGUUUGUGAAUUUGCUGGCUAGCUGAUAUUUAGCAGUUUCACCUUUUCAACCCCAAAUGUUUUUGUGUAUGUAUGUUGGUGUGAAGAACAUAUUUAUUUGCAUCACAUCACACACAUUUCAGAUUUUCUUGAGAGUUAGAUCAACACACACACUGUUUAUUCAUGGACACACACAUAUAUACAUACAUACUGUACAAACAUACAUAUUUAGCAAAGAUGGCAUCUGCUCAGGAGGAUCUUUCUAAAUCAUCAUUUACAGUACUUGAUUAAUUAAUGUGACAUCUGUGCCUCACGGCCACUUCAGUGCCACCCAUGUACUGUCAAUCUCACAAUUUUUCAAUACAUACUGUAGUGGCUUAUUUAUUUAUUGUUCUCUCAUUCUAAUCAAAGUAUGCCAGAGAGAAACUAAAUUGUAGCCACAGAGGUCUAACAGGGACUGAUGAAUAUCUGCACAUUACUGAUGGACACCACAGAGUCACCAUAGAGAACAAGGUGACCUCAUAUUAUCAUCCAUAGCGAAGUGUGUAUGUGUGUGUCUAUGUGUCUGUGUGUUUGUGUCCACAGAGACAUGGGUGCAAGGAGUGUGUCAGUGCUCUUGUGAGAGCAGGGGAUUUGAGAGAUCCCCAUGUCACAGACCUUCAUUCUGCAUCCUUUCUCCUGUUCAUGUGCUUUCUUCCCUUAACACAUGUAUCGAUGUGAGCAAGCUGUGGUGAAUAAAGGUUUGGGGUUCUGUGAAUGA